AUGAAUCCCGCUCAGUUUUCCAACCCCGGCGGGGCCAUCCCGGUUGUCAAACAGGGCAUGCAACCGCAGCAGCAGCGAAAUUCCGAUGUCCAGCACAUCAUGAACCAAGUUGCCCAGCAACUUCAAGGUCAAGGUCCUUAUGGCGGAUGGAAAGAUGAGGUCCCCAUCAAGACUCGAGUGAUGAAUGUUUUUCAGAUGUACGUCUUCCCAAGCAGGGCUGGAGAACAAAAAAACACAGGAUUCCUUGUCAUUGUUGCUGCUAUUGUUUGGUCUGGGUCUCAUGAGAUUGAUUGGAAUUAUCUCAUCGGUCCCUUGAUUGAUUCCCCUCCACCCGCCCCUCUUUCCAACCCCAUUCAUCUGGACCGGCCAGUCUCACUAACCCUUUACCACAUUAGGAUCACCUCUCUCCGUCUCAUUCAACCUCGUAUCGAUCUGGGUCAAGCUGCCCAGGCUGCCGUCGUCUUUGAACAGAAGGCUUUUCAGAAAGCCAAUGAACGGAACGAUUACGAGAAGGAGUGCAACGAAAAGCUCCUCCACAUCAAGGAUACUCGAGAGCGACAGGCGGCCGUCGCUCUUCAGAGCGGCAUGAUGCCCCAAGGUGGGCCAGGCAUGCAAAACCAACUUCAAGGCGCUUUCCCUCAGCAAGUCAACCGAACCCUCCAGACCUCUCCCAUUCCUGGUCAGCCUCAGAUGGCUAUGGGCAUGGCCACUUCCAACCAGCAGGCAGCCAUGCAACAGCGGCAGCAGCAGAACGCCAUGCUUCAACAACAGCAGCAGCAGCAGCGAGUUCAGCAGCGCCCGAACAAUGGAGUCGCUCUUCCCGACGACCUGAAUACUCUCUCAGCCCAAGAGCUCGAACACGUCGACCGCCUGGCAAAUCAGAUGCUCCAGAAGACCUCGGGCGAGGACAUGGAGAAGAUCAAGAUGAAUCUAUCCAACAUGACUCACGAGCAGCAACAAUACCUGGCUCGAAAGAAAAUGGAUCCGAUGACGUAUUUCUUCCGAUCGCAGGCUCUGAACCAACUCCGCAGACAUCGUCGUCUCCGCCAGGCUGAAAUGGGCCGCCAGCCGAACGCGGGUCUCGAUCCCAACGGUGCUAUGAUGGGCGGGGAUCCAAUGAUGCAGCAACGCCAGAUGCUUCAGAACAUGAUGAACCUUCAACGCAACUCCGCAUUUACGGGCACCCCCGGUCAAGGUAUCGAACCAGCAUUCAUGGGAAAUGUUGAGAAUAUCCAGGGCCAGCAGGCAGACGGUCUUCGAUCUCAAGAGGCUGGGCAGUUGGUGGUGCCUGCCAGCUCAUCGCAGAUGAAUCAACAGCCCUUCAAUAACCAACAGAACAUGUUCCCCCAGCAUAUGGGCCAGAGUGCCCAAGGAAAUGUGAAUGCCGCCGGCGUCAACCCUCAGAUGUUCGGAGCAGCUCACAUGCAGGGUGGUGCCAAUGGAUUCGCGAAUCAGCAAAUGCAAGCGCAAGCGCAAGCUCAAGCGCAAGCGCAGGCUCGCGUUCAAGCUGCUCAGAAGGCUCAAAUGGCGAUGUCAGGCCAGGCAAACCAUCAGGCACAGGCACGUCUCUCUCAGCAAAGCCCUGUGAUGCCGAUGCUGAAUCAGCCGAUGGCCGCCGGCCAAAUCUCCCCAAAUCAAGUCACCGCGCAAGCUGUUGGGCGGCCUCCAUCUCGUCCCCCGAAUAUGGGAGGGCACCCAGCAGGACCAGCUGGCAUGCAGGGUGGGCAGUCCACGAUGCAAGGCCGACCGCAAAUUCCCCCGAACCUUCCACAAGCAGUACAAGACCAGCUAAACCAGAUGCCAGCCGAACAAGUUCACAUGUUCCUGAUGAACCAACGCCGUGCUCAUAUGGUCAAUGGGAUGACUCGGAUGAAUGCCUCCCAGCAGGCCGGCGCCCUUCAGCAGGCUGUAUCGCAAGCAGGCCAAAACCCGGCGAUGUUCAAUAAUCAAAUGGCAAAUAAUCCUCGAAUGAGAAAUUCAAUCAGCCUCCAGCAGGGCAUGAAUGUCCCUGGUGGACCGAAUCAGGCUCAACAGCUCCCAGGUCAGCAGAUGACCCCACAGCAGCGAGCAAUCCUGCAGCAGCGGAAUGAAAUGAUCAAGCAGCAACUUCAGCGACAACAGAAUGCUGCCAGCAUCGAAAUGACCCCGGAACAGAUUCAAGAAAUGGAUAAAGCCAAAUUUCCUCCAUCACUUGUUAGCAAUGCUUCCCAGGGCACUAUUUUCUCUCAGGCACCAAAGAACAUUACAACCUGGGGUGCACUUAAGCAGUGGACGGCCUCGAACCCACAUGCUGCGAAUGAUGGUUCCGACCUAGCGAAGCUGAUAACCCUCCAAAAAAUUCACUACGUGCAGAUAAUGACUGCCGGAGCCAAGGGCCAAAGUGGGCAGGUACAGGGCCAGGCACCUUCCGCUCAUCAAAUGCAGGGACACAAAGGCGACAUGACAAACAUGCAGAACUUCUCCGCUGGCCAGACACAGACUUCUGGCUUGGGGAUGCGUCCGAUUACCCCUCAGGAUCUUCAGGUGGCUCGUCAGAAACUGGGACCUCAGGCGAACAACUUUACGGAUGACCAACUCCGCGAAAUUCUUCGAAGCCGUCAGCGACAAAUGAUGAUGGCCGUUCAAAACCGAAAUUUGCCGAAUCAAGGUCAUCCGAUGGGCCAGGGCAUUGCUCCUCCUCUUCAAAAUCCACCACCACAAGCAAAGGCACCUCCUAUCCCACCGCAGCCGCAAGUGACUGGUGACAUGCAAACGCCAAGUUCGAAGCCACAACCGUCUGGACCCGCAGCCUCCAAGCCCACCAAAGCAGCCGCCGCUAAACAAGUCCCGAAGAAGCGUCCUAAUCCCGAUGUUGCCGAAGAGAAUCGUGCUGCGAGUACUACUACUCCUCAGCAGCCUGCGGCACCCCCAGUGUCUUCCACCCCGAAGCCAGCGAUCCCUUGGACGCAAGAACAGUUUGCUGCAAUGAGCCCUCAGCAGCGUCUGCAGGCGGAAGCUUCAAUGCGUCGGCAGCAGCAGAGCCAACUCCGUGGCCCGAUCCUGAACCGGGCUGCUGCGGAAGAAGCCUGGAACAACAAUAUUCCCCCGAAGAUCAUGGAGGUAUACAACGAGAUUUCCAAGGGCGCCCCGCCAACUCAAUCCUUGCAAAUAUCCCCAGAACAGAAAGCGAUCAUGACUAAGCAACUUCGUGACUCGCUGGACGUCCUUGGCAGAUUAGAUGUUUUAGUUCUCCAUGGGUUCGGCAAGAUGCAGGGGCAGGAAAGAAGCAUCAAGAAUCUCCUUGCAAUGCGAGUCCAGUUGAUGCGUCAAUUCAAGCCCACCCCGGAGUGGGUUGUUAAUGACCAGUUCACGGUCACCCCAGAUUACCUGACUGGCUCCAUUCUGUUUAUUCGCAAGCUUUUCCAUAUCAUGAUCCAGAGAAUGAACGCGCGGAACCAAGCAGGCGGUGCGGGAAACCAAGCUACACAGCCUGCACAGCCCAAUCCGACUCCUGCCUUGAAUGCCUCAAACCUGCAGCAGUUGCAACAGCAACAAGAAGAGGCCCUUCGUGCCCGUCGCGCUUCUAGCCAGUCCGCUAAUGUACCGUCAGCACCGUUUGGUGCCCCAUCUCCCCAGGGAGUUCCUCACGCAUAUGGACCUGGUGGCCUUGCCCCUGAAAAGUUGAAGCUUCCUCCACCCAAGAAGCGCAAGCCAUCUCAGACCGGCACAUCAUCCUCUCCUGUUCUCGUCAGUGCUCCUACCCAAGCUGCUGCCGCCUAUCAAAAGGCAGUCGCAGAGGCCCAGUCCACCGCAGCUGCAUUGGUUGGUGCAUUCAAGUGCCAUGUGGUAGAAUGCCAAUAUCACUUCCAAGGUUUCCAGACCCAGGCAGCCCUGGACAAGCAUGUGGAAGAGACUCACCAGCCUGAAGAUGAAGAGGGCACUGAUAAUCCUUUACAAUACUACCUCGACAGCCUUGACAUUGGACUGGGACUAGCCCAGGACGGCACGGCACUCAAGAAGAUUCCCGUUACCGGUGCAGGUGCUACCAACAUCAUGAACUCAUUCACCUUGGUGGAUUCACCGGCUAAAAAGGGCAUUGCCACGCCUGUUACUGCUAGCCACACUCCUAUGACUCGCGCUCCCAGCCAACUUGGUGCCAAGGCAGCCUCUCCUGCUACCUCCGCUCAACAGCUCACCCCUCAGCCAAGCAGCAAGGCUAUGAAGCUCUCCCCCAGUCAGGAUGCAAAUAAGCAUAUUGCCAAACGUCGCCGAAUUGUUAAAGACCCAUGGGAGGAUUCUCCCAUGUCCAAGGAGCAGCUUGGUGACAUCUUCGAACCUAUGUUCUCCGAGUGCCGACGUCAAGCUCUCGGUUAUGACCCUGAAGAAUUUUUGAAUGCCGAUAUGUUCUCCCUGGACCAGACUGAAAACACUCCUGAUUCCCACGACCUGGGCCUCGCCACUCUGACUCCAAAGGAUGAGCACAAGGAGGAUAGCAAAGAUUCUUUGCGCUGGGCUGAUUUCAUACCCUGGGAUGAAGCAUCCGUGGAGAAUACUAUCAACUGGAUGGAGAUACCUCCUGAACUUGAAAGUACCUUCGGUCUCACCUUCGAUCUCGGUGGUCUUGACCAUCAACCGAAGGACCUGAACCUUGACAGUGGUGGUGCUCUCGCUAUUCCAGCACUGUGA